AUGGCGCCGUUGCAGAGUCGCCUCCUAGCUGGCUUCGGCCUCAUCUCUGCAGCAUUCGCCGCCGACUCAGUCCUGUCCUUAUCGCUGUCCGAAGAUGUUCCCUCCGAUAUUUCUGCGACCGUCGACCCGUCGUUUGCCGGCUUCGGUAUCGAACUUGACCAUCUCUACUACUUCAUGGGAGAUGAAACUCCCAACGACCUGACGAUAAACCUUCUAAACAACCUUGCCAACUUCACCGGCAGACCGGCGCACAUGCGAUUGGGUGGAAACACGCAGGAUUAUCUGAUUUACGACGAUUCGCAAGACGACUGGCUCAUUAAGCCCAACCCGAAGCCGACCGCGCCGGGUGAUGUCCCGGCGGACAAUUUCAUUGUCGGUCCAAAGUUUAUGGAGAUUGCCAACCGUUUGCCAAAGGGAACUCCCGUUACAUGGGGCUUGAACUUGGGAUACGCCGAGUCGGACUACAUCGAGAGGCUGACGACCAUGGCGACGCAAAUCAUCGACCGAUGCACCAAUCUCAACCUCGUCUCAUUCGAAUUCGGAAACGAGCCAGACCUCUACAACUAUAACGGGUUCAGAAAGGGAUCUUGGUCCGGCUCGGUAUAUGCAGAGGAGUGGCUUGAUCGAGCACGCGCCGUUUGGGAGGAGGUCUUGCAACCUAAGAACCUGCAAAGUAACUUCUUUGAGUCUUCCGCCUCCACCGCUUGGGUCACUGGUACCGGAUUCGAGAUCAAGGACUUGGAGAGCUACCUUGAUGUCAAGGCCAACAACUCAGACAAGGGAUUCAUCACCAGCUGGAACCAGCAUAACUACUACUACUUCGUAGGGUCGUUCCCAUACCCCUUGACCCUGGAUUACAUGAUGCACUUCGACAACACCAAAGAGCAGUUCAGCACGAUCGAGGGUCAGCUAGACCAAGCAAAGGAGACGCCUUACCCUUUCGCGUUGAGAGAAAUGUCUGUCGUCGGGCCUCUCGGCGUGGAGGGAUUGAGCGACACUUUCGCUGCCGCCCUAUGGACCUUCAACUUCCUUCUUUACGCCGCAACACUCAACAUCACCUCUGUUCAAUUCCAUAUGACCUUUGACAGCAACGCCAGCGCUUGGCAGCCAACACGCAUGUUCGGCCGGGACCGUUUCGUUCGCCCUCUCUACUAUGCCUUCGCGGCGUUCGGCCAGACUCUUGGCCGAUCAUGUACCGCCCGCAUCGCCGAAGAGUCGAUCUCGAACGCUCCCUCUGGCUAUGCGGACUACCUCAAGACUUAUUCGGUCUAUCAGAGCGACUCCCUUUCUUCUGUCGUUUUGCUCAAUGGCAAAAUUGCCAACGUGUCUGACUCAUCCAAGUCUAGCAUUACGGUCGACUUGACUUUCCCGACCUCCCUUGCGGGCGAAACACUGCACUUGGGCUACUUGACUGCCGAUGGAUCAGACGCUACCCAUGGCACAACAUGGAAUGGCAUCAGCUUCGAGCAGGACAAUGCAGGCACGCAGUCACAGGUUUCCAACGAGGACAUUACUGUGAAGGUCGCAAACGAUGGCAAGGCAAGCAUUCCUUUGCGGGAUGCCGAGGCAGUCGUCGUAAACAUUGGCGCUAGGGUGGGCACUUCUGAACCUGACCCCACGGCAUGUGAUGCUCUCACAUCGGCGUCUCCAGGUGUUGGUACUGCGACAACGUCUACACCAGGCCCGGCUGGAGACCCCAGCAACUCUUCAGACGACGGCGACGACAGUGCUGCCACGAGUCUGAUGCAUGGGAAAGCAGUUUAUGGAUGCAUUGCGUGGAGUUUGGCAUUUACUCUGGGAGUCUUGCUUUUCUAG